AAUAAAAAAUAAAAACCCCUAAAAUUCCCACGCGCACCAUCAGUCAAACAAAGACGGCAAUUUUAAGGUGGCCUCGCAUGCGAUGCAACCGGCAGAGUGCGCUUCCCCUUCCAGAACCUCCCCACCUUGCCGCUCUCCUACCCCGAACCCCUCCCAUGGGUCAAAAACUAACCCAUUACCCCACCACCAUUUUUUUAUACUCUCCCACUAUAUAACCCACCAACUCCACCCCCCCACCUCACCACCUCCCCUCCUCCUCUCCAAAUGAAGAAACUUUUUUCCGACGACGGAUACCACUCCGACAUGCCCGACGCAGACAGCCUCGGUGGCAGCGAUCGCGUCCCCUACAGCGGACCGUUGAGCGGUCCCCUCAACCGAAAAGGCGGCAAGAAAAGCGCUCGCUUUAACAUACCGGAGUCCACCAUAGCUCCGCCGCCGCCGCCGCCCGCCGCCGCGGCCGACGCUUAUGUGGAGAUCACGCUCGACGUGCGCGACGCCACGGUGGCCGUGCACAGCGUUAAGGCUGCGGCCGGCGGCGAAAUCGAGGAUCCGGAGGUCACUCUACUCGCGCGAACUCUGGAGAAAAAAUCCUCUUCCUUGGGCUCCUCUGUUAUCCGCUCUGCUUCGUCUAGAUUCCGGCAGGUUUCGCAGGAGCUGAAGCGGCUGGCCUCGUUGACGAAGCGUGGGGGACCGGGGAGAGUUGACCGAUCUAAGUCAGCGGCGGCGCAUGCGCUCAAGGGUCUUAAGUUUAUAUCCAAAACGGCGGGUGGCGCCGCCGGGUGGCCGGCGGUGGAGAAGAGGUUUGAUGAGCUUGGUGUGGAGGGGAAGCUACCUCGCUCUCUGUUCGGGCAGUGUAUUGGUAUGAAGGAUUCGAAGGAGUUUGCGGGGGAGCUGUUCGACGCUUUGGCGAGGAGAAGAAAUAUCACCGGAGACUCCAUCACCAAGGCUGAGCUGUGGGAGUUCUGGGAGCAGAUCUCGGAUCAGAGUUUUGAUUCCAGGCUGCAAACAUUUUUCGACAUGGUUGACAAAAAUGCGGAUGGGAGGAUUACUGAAGAGGAAGUCAAAGAGAUCAUCACCUUAAGCGCAUCGGCCAACAAGCUCUCAGUAAUCCAAGACCAAGCAGAAGAAUACGCCCGCCUCAUCAUGGAAGAACUGGACCCCAGCAAUCUCGGUUACAUCGAGAUAUACAACCUGGAAACCCUCCUCCUGCAAGCACCCAACCAGUCCGUCCGCAUCGGCACCACCAACAGCCGCAAUCUCAGCCAACUACUCAGCCAGAAACUGAAACCCACAGUGGAACCCAACCCCCUCCGCCGCUACUACCAGAACUCCAAAUACUUCCUCCAAGACAACUGGAAGCGCGUCUGGGUAAUGUCCCUCUGGCUCGCCAUCUGCGCCGCCCUCUUCACCUGGAAAUUCAUCCAAUACCGCCACCGCGCCGUCUUCCAUAUCAUGGGCUACUGCGUCUGCGUCGCCAAAGGCGCCGCAGAAACCCUCAAAUUCAACAUGGCCCUCAUCCUCCUCCCCGUCUGCCGCAACACCAUCACCUGGCUCCGCAACAAGACCAAGCUCGGCGGCGUCGUCCCCUUCGACGACAACCUCAAUUUCCACAAAGUGAUCGCGGUAGGCAUCUCGUUGGCCGUCGGGAUGCACGCCAUUCCUCAUCUGACAUGCGAUUUCCCGCGGCUGCUGCACGCGAGCGACGAGGAGUACGAGCCAAUGAAGCCUUUUUUCGGAGAUACGCGGCCGAACAACUACUGGUGGUUCGUCAAGGGGACGGAGGGGUGGACGGGGAUUGUGAUGGUGGUGCUCAUGUCCGUCGCGUUUACUUUAGCGACGCCCUGGUUUCGCCGGGGAAGAUUGAGCCUUCCCGGUCCUCUGCUCAAGCGGCUUACUGGUUUCAAUGCUUUCUGGUACUCCCAUCAUCUGUUUGUUAUUGUUUACAUUCUCCUCAUCAUCCAUGGCACUUUCCUCUACUUGAGCAGGGAGUGGAACCAUAAAACGACAUGGAUGUAUCUGGCGGUGCCGGUGAUCCUCUACGCGUCGGAGAGAUUGAUUAGGCUGUUCAGAUCCAGCAUUAGAGCCGUUAAAAUACUGAAGAUUGCGGUUUACCCAGGCAACGUGCUGGCGCUUCAUGUAUCGAAGCCACAAGGCUUUAGAUAUCGGAGCGGGCAGUAUAUUUUUGUCAACUGUGCUGCAGUCUCCCCCUUUGAAUGGCACCCAUUCUCGAUUACUUCAGCCCCGCAGGACGAUUAUGUAAGCGUUCAUAUACGAACGCUUGGGGACUGGACCCGGCAGCUCAAGCUGGUGUUCUCCGAGGUGUGCCAAAGGCCAACUGAUGGCAAAAGCGGGCUUCUUCGAGCCGAGUACGACGACAUGGAUGACCGGAGUCCCAACCGAAGCUUGCCGAAGGUGCUGAUAGACGGCCCAUAUGGCGCGCCGGCGCAGGAUUACAAGAAAUACGACGUCGUUCUGCUUGUCGGGCUGGGCAUAGGAGCAACCCCAUUCAUCAGCGUCCUGAAAGACAUCGUCAACAACAUGAAGAUGCUGGAAGCCGAGGGGAUCGCCGGCGACAUCGAAUCCGGCCAUGCGGAGUCAGCCGGGCGCGACUUCAGGACACGGAGAGCUUACUUCUACUGGGUGACGCGGGAGCAGGGGUCGUUCGAGUGGUUCAGAGGGGUGAUGAAUGAGGUGGCGGAGACGGAUAAGAAAGGCGUGAUCGAGCUGCAUAACUACUGCACCAGCGUGUACGAGGAAGGCGACGCCCGUUCCGCGCUCAUCGCGAUGCUUCAGUCGCUGAAUCACGCCAAGAAUGGCGUCGAUGUGGUGUCCGGAACUCGGGUGAAGAGCCAUUUCGCUCGCCCUAAUUGGCGCAAUGUGUACAAGCGCAUAGCACUGAACCACAGGGGAGAACGUAUAGGUGUAUUCUACUGCGGAGCUGCAACCCUUACAAAGGAGCUGAGGCAAUUAGCGCAGGAUUUCUCUCACAAGACCAACACUAAGUUCGAUUUCCAUAAGGAGAACUUCUAAUCAAUCUCCACCGUCCAUUUCUCACCCUUUUAUCAAUCCACACCAUCCAUACAUAAUCCACGUAUAUCAACGGAUCCAUUCCAUAAAACAUUGGGUCCUCACCUCUAU